GGGAACGUGAAAGAAGAAAAAGAAGCGGAGAACCCAAGCGCUCAAAAGGCUGUGGCCCCAGGCAGCUGUGAGGAGCUCGCCCUCACCCUCCCCCACCUGCCAUGUCUGCCCCCCUGGCACCGUCCGACCAUGUGAUAGUGAACAUGAACACGGAAGAGGUCCAGAUCCAGCUGUGCCCGGACCCACGUCUGGUGAGCACAGCUACGGGCGGCGUGGAAGGCGCCUGCCACAGCUGCCUCCUGCCCUUCAGCGUGGUGGCGGCGCUGAUCGGGGUGGCGGUGACGGCUCUGGCCUACGCCCGGGAUGCCCAGGGCUUGGUGCUGGGGUUGCUAGGGCUGUCCCUGCUCGGUGCCGGGGUGCUGGGCCUGGCCGGGAGCUACCUGGGCUACCGCUGCCGGGGCCGCAAGAUCAGGGGCUGGAGACGCGGCAGCUUCACCUUGCUGGUGGGGGACCAGCAGCAGAAGAAGGCGGUGGUGUGAGAGUCCGAUCCAGGCCGAUGUGGGGCUCUAGUCUGGGUUCAGGCUCCAUCCCGACUCCGAUCUGGGCUGGUGCAGGGCUCCAGUCCGGGUUCUG